CCCGAAUCUCAAUUGAAUUUAUCUCCCCCUCCCCGAGCUUAAUUACCCGUUUGCAGGUUUUUUCCUUUUUCAGCCCAAAAUCAAUAUAGCUUCCAUGUUGCCGUUUUAAGGUACUAAUAUCCAGACCCAUUUUAAUUUUUAUUAACCGAAACGGUUUCUCGGAGGCAUAGCCGAUGACGGCGCCGCCUGCCAGAACCGCUGGCGCCGCUUUGACUCUACUUUCAGUGAUAGGCGUGCUCUCUUGCAUAAUUCUAUACACCACCAACAAGUCUCGCUCGAAAUCAUCUACCCGGAAGGGCACACUUAAGAAUCCCAAGAGUGGCCUCGUCGCCGCCAUUGGCAACACCCCUCUCAUUAGGAUCAAUAGCCUUUCUGACGUUACUGGAUGCGAAAUUCUGGGAAAGGCAGAGUUCUUGAAUCCUGGAGGUAGCGUGAAAGAUAGGGUCGCAGUUAAAAUCAUUGAAGAGGCCUUGGAAUGUGGAGCUCUAGCUCCUGGUGGGGUAGUUACAGAAGGAAGUGCUGGAAGCACAGCAAUCAGCCUUGCAACAGUUGCUCCAGCCUAUGGCUGCAGGUGCCAUGUAGUAAUCCCUGAUGAUGCUGCAAUUGAGAAGUCUCAAAUUCUAGAAGCUCUUGGCGCCACUGUCGAAAGAGUUAGACCGGUUUCAAUCACGCAUAGAGACCACUUUGUCAAUAUUGCGAGGAGAAGAGCACUCGAGGCAAAUGAACUAGCUUCAAAGCACCAAGAAGAAGCUAGCAGGGAUAGCAGUCACUUAAAUCAGAAUAUCAACCAUGAUCCGGAUGAUUUAACACAUAGUUCAGAAUGUUUAGCAGAUUGCAAGGGAGGUUUCUUUGCAGAUCAAUUUGAGAAUCUUGCCAAUUAUCGGGCUCACUAUGAGGGCACUGGGCCCGAGAUCUGGGAACAAGUUGGCGGGAAAGUGGAUGCAUUUGAAAAGAAACCUUCAAUCAAGUGCUUUCUGAUCGAUCCACCUGGUUCUGGUUUGUUCAACAAGGUGACAAGAGGAGUGAUGUACACUAAGGAGGAGGCUGAAGGAAAGAGAUUGAAGAACCCUUUUGAUACAAUCACUGAAGGAAUCGGAAUCAACAGGUUAACAGAAAAUUUUAAAUUGGCUCAACUUGACGGGGCUUUCCGAGGCUCGGAUAAGGAGGCUGUUGAAAUGUCUAGGUACUUGAUGAAAAAAGAUGGCCUCUUUCUUGGCAGUUCUUCAGCGAUGAACUGUGUGGGGGCUGUAAAAGUUGCACAGAAACUGGGACCCGGUCAUACCAUUGUCACAAUUUUAUGUGAUAGUGGGUUGAGGCACCUGAGUAAGUUUUACAAUCCCCAGUAUUUGGCCCAGUAUGGCUUGACGCCUUCAGCUGUUGGAUUGGAAUUCCUCGGUUACAAUAAUGGAAUGGUAAUGUGCACGCCUUCUGUACUUCCAUCCUUUGGUGUUUCAGGCUUGGUUUGGAAAACUCUGGACCGCCAUCUGCCAGAUUGGAACUGGCCUUCAAUUUCUAAAGUUUUGGCACUCCUUUUCCCAUAUUGGGAUGCAUUAGUAAAAAUACAGUUGGAUGACUUGAUAAGCGUUUGGGAAAGAGCUGUCAAUAGAAUGACGCACUGGAAUUGA